AUGGACCAGCUCAACUACGCCGAUACCCCGCGGUCAUUCAAGAACACCAGCUUCACGUCCAAGCUCCCAGCGCGCACAGCGUCUGCGGCGGGCGCGAACGGCUUCAAAAAGAACGUCAAGCAGAUCCUCACGCUCGAGCGCGAACGUGUGGGCGGCGGCGACGGCUUCCUGUCUGCCGCGCAGACGUCGGCCAAGGCGCGCGGCGAGAACAUUGAGCCCGUCAAGAAGAAGAAGAAGGAGAACCCCGUCGGCAAGCCCCGCCCGCCAAAAGGACGCCGGAGCGGCGUUGCUACCCCGUUGACGCUCGAUGACGACAGCAACAUUAGCGGCACGGCGACGCCGAUGGACGAGGACGGUGAUGCCGACGAGGGCAUGGAUGUGGAGGUCGACAAUGGCGUGCACCGCGAGAUCAUCACCUACCACACCCCCGCCGCUCCGCCUUCCCUCUUGCCUGCAAAGAAGUAUUGCGACAUCACUGGCCUGCAUGCCGUGUACACCGACCCAAGGACAAAGCUGCGCUACAAGGGUCUCGAGGUGUGGGGCAUUGUGCGGAACUUGGGUCCCGGUGUCGACCAGGCAUACCUCUCGCUUCGUGGCGCGCAGACGUCGCUCAAGUAA